AUGGGACAUCUUCAUGCUUGGCAUCACAAUUGUCAUCGUUUUUUUAUCGCUUACCUUCUCAUUGGAACUGCGUACGUCGCUUUGUGUUGCUGUACGGCUGAAAUCACCGGCGCCUUACCGUUCGCAGGUGGAGCUUAUGGGCUCGCGCGUUGUACGCUCGGAUUCUAUCCUGCCUUCAUGAUUGGCUGUUGCGAAGCUCUCGAGUAUAUCGCGUACGUCUCAACUUCAACAAUCGCGUUUGUUGACCUCGUCGUGGACGCGGUGCCAGAGGCGAAGCCAAUCCGUCCUUUAUUGUGGGGUCUCUUUUACUUGAGUGCGUUGAUAUUCCACAUCAAAGGUGGUCGAGCGUUCUGGGUCUUCAAUCUCGUGUUAGGUGUUGUAUCGUUAUUGAUCGUGCUUCUUUACUGUAUCGGCUCACUCCCGUUCGUCAACUUUGCAAGAUACGCUGCAGAUUCCAAUUUAGAGUUUGUGGGCGGGUUCCAAGGUUUCAUGAAGGCACUUCCUCUUGCUGCCUGGUUCUUUGUUGGUGUCGAAGCUUUACCGAUGGCCAGCGGCCAGGUCGAACAGGCCAAACAUGUCGUCCCCACAGCUCAAGUCGGAUGCGUCUUGACACUUUUCGGAACUGGGAUCUUUGUCUACUUUAUCACUGUGUCAUUGCCACCUGGAAUAGCGUCUCUACCUACCGAAUUGGUUCCCUUCGACAAUGGAUUCACACUGCUUUUGGAUUUUCCUCGCGACUGUGCUAUCUCUACCAGCAACUUACGCCACCGCGUUUGGAUUCAUGUGUUACUGCCUUCAUUUCUAAACAAAACCACGAUACAGCAUGAAACGCCUUACGCUGCUCUCAUUGCUGGCACGACUGUCAGCUAUGCUCUUUGCCUCGUGGUGUACUGGGCGCCAUCGAUCGGACAGUAUCUCUUCAACAUUUGCAUGCUUGCCGGCUUCAUGUCGUACACGGGUCAGUGUAUCGGCUACAUCUCCCUGAAGCACAACUACCGAAAUAUCAGAGUUUCGCAUAUCGUCGGAAUCGUGGUAUUUCAAGGAAAUGGCAGUGUGGAGACUUUUGUCUUCAUAACUGUCGUUGCUCUGUUGACACUCUUCUACUUUGUAUACGCACGGAAGCGACAGACGUUCUCUCCCCAAGAAAACCGCGUCAUGUUGGUAGCUCACGUGACUAAAUUCAACAUUAAGAAGUCAUCAUACUGA